GCUCCCGCGUAGCCCGUCUGGCAGCCCCGGCCUCUCCUUCCCUUACCUGCCUGCCUGCUGCGGCGACCACUCGCGCAGACAUCCUCGAACUUUAAAAACGGAGACGAUCUGCUUUUAGAGGAAAAUGCUGAGGGACGCUAUGAAGUCUUGGAAUGAUAGCCAGUCAGAUCUUUGCAGCACUGAUCACGAAGAGGAAGAAGAGAUGGUUUUUGGUGAAAAUGAAGAUGACUUGGAAGAGAUGAUGGAUUUAAGUGACCUGCCUACCUCACUUUUUGCCUGCAGAGUCCAUGAAGCAGUGUUCGAGGUGCCGGAGCAGAAGGAGAGAUUCGAAGCGCUUUUCACCAUCUAUGAUGACCAAGUUACAUUUCAGUUGUUCAAAAGCUUUAGAAGAGUCCGAAUAAAUUUCAGCAAGCCUGAGGCGGCAGCACGGGCUCGAAUAGAACUCCACGAGACAGACUUCAAUGGGAGGAAGCUGAAGCUGUAUUUCGCACAGGUACAGAUGUCCAGUGAAACACGGGACAAGUCAUAUUUACAGCCGCCCCAGCCUGCCAAGCAGUUCCUCAUCUCCCCUCCUGCGUCACCUCCGGUGGGGUGGAAGCAAGGGGAAGAUGCAACGCCUGUUAUAAAUUAUGAUUUACUCUGUGCUGUUUCCAAAUUGGGACCAGGAGAGAAAUACGAACUUCACGCAGGAACCGAGUCCACACCGAGCGUGGUGGUUCACGUCUGUGAAAGUGAAACUGAAGAGGAAGAAGGAACAAAAAACCCCAAACAGAGAAUCACCCAGACACGGCGCCCAGAGCCUCCGACCGCAGCGCUGGGCGAGCCCCGGGCCUUCGACUGUGCACUUUGA